GUUAGCGAACGUAAUUACAUACGAGAUGGAGCGUUAACGUGACCACUAAAUGCUGAGUUGGGGUGCGAUGGGACAGGAAAAGGGGCUGACUAAAAAUGUGGAAAGGUUUAAAAAGACGGUGCGUACAGUGAGCAGUAAAAAGCUGAUCGGCAAUAACUGAGCCAGUGAAUCAGUUGGGUAUCGCAAAUGGAGAAAAAUCUUUAAGGUUUCUUUAUUGACUGUGAUGUUAACUCGAGUUUUUCUGUCAGAACAGGGGAUACAAAGCACUAAAACUGCAAUAAUGCAUUUAAAAACCCACAUUUAACCCUCCUGUUGUCCUCAUUUACAGCACGAAAAAAUAUUGUUCCCUUGUCUGGGAAAAAAAAAUCCAAAAAUUCAGCAAAAAAUUCCCCAAAUUUAUAAAAAAGAAAAUGGCAAAAUCUUCAGGAAGAUUCCUUAAAGGUUUCCCUUAAAUUUUUUUUAAUUCCCCAAAUUUGGCAAGAAAUAAAAAUUUUAAAAAUAAAAAUUUUAAAUAUUUUCAAAAAAUCUUCCCAAAAAGUGAGUAAAAAUAUCAAAAGUGAUUCCACACUUAUCAGUAAAAGUUCUAAUAUUUUCUGAAUUUUUUUCCCCGAAUAUUCUUCAAGAAACAUUUUUUAACAUUUCUUUUUUUUCCACCAAAAAUGUUCAAAAAUUUCCCCAAAAUGUUGAAAAUGUGGAUUUUUUCACUGUGAUUUUUUCCCCCCACAUUUUCAGACUUUAAAACCCGCAGGACAACACGAGCGUUAAAGUAGCAUGUUGUAGGAUUUCCUACAGAAACCAACAGAAGCUAAUGAAAAGUGUGAUUGUUGACCAAAACCAUCGGCAUUAAUCUGCUGCUUAAUCAGCUCUCUGUCUUUUUGGGAAAGUUUUUAACAGGAUUUUGGAAAGUGGCUGACACUCUUUUGCAGUCGGCAGGCCAACAAAUCUGCAUGCUUCAGUCCCAUUAUCUCCCCAUUGCUGAACCUGAAGUGCAGAUAAAGCUAAAAACCUAAUCAAGUUCCAGUUAGAUACUGUUUCAGCAAAGAUGCAGUGGUGCAUAUAAGCAGGUAAACAACACCUAUACGUAUCUGAAAUAGCCACAGAUAAGCAUCAGUGCACAUGUUGCAGUCAAUCAUGUUGAAGUCUCUCAUCUAAUCUGGGGUUUAUUAAGGCAGUGCCUCGCCUCCAGGCAACAUAAAUACCAGCACUGGACCAAGCUUGUGUCCCUGCAUCCUUUACACUACACUGUUCUACAUUUAUUGUCUGCCAAUUUGUCCGAGCGUGCAAAUUUAUUUGCCGUCAAUGGAAUGAGAAAACCUUCUGCUAACCGUCCCACAAUGCGAUACGCUGCAUUUUACAAAUGCCAAAAUGCCUGAAGCAUGAUUCUAGCUGACAGCGAAGACAAAAUAAUGAUUAGUCCAUUUCAAUUUACUGCUUGCUUCAUUAUAUCGUGAACAAGGGCGAAAACUGCGGACACAAAUCCUAAAAAUAAAAAAAAAUAAAAAACACAGCCUGAGGGACAAAGUAAAGAUAUGUCAUCGUCUGAUUGAUGUUCCAUAACCUGCAAUUUUUUUGGAUCGAUGGUUCUGAAAGUGGAGGUUGUGGCAUGAUUUACAGAAUCAAACAAACAUGAAAAGUCAUUAGCAGUAGCAUAUUUUUGCCGUAAUUGUUAAAAAGCUCUUUAUUAUACAAACACAAGAAUCCCGUCACCUCCUACAUACUGUUUACUCAAUCCGUACCACAGAUUACUUUGAUGUAUUCAGCUACUACACUAUAACGUAACACAAAAGAUUUGAAAUUAAGUUUUCAGGCCGUUUUAGUUGGAAAAAAUAGAAGUAAAAAGUGCAGAGUGCAUGCACAGCAGCCAGUGUUCAUAUGGAAGCUAUUUCCCUACAUUUAAUACAUCCAGAAAUGGCAGAAUAAACACUUCCUCCUUCUGAACUACAAUAAAAUAAAGCCUUAAAAUGAUUUAUUUUGUGUUAAAUCACUUUGAAUGGGGGAAAAAAUGCUAUUCUCCAUAAACUAAUAAAAAACAUCUUCCAAUUUGGCCUGGACAUAAACCUCAUAACACCACCGAACGCUGAAACUGAAUUACAGGCGGAUCCAGUCAGACGUGGUGAUAUUGCUCCAUGCAUCACGGCUCUAUAGCUUGUCCACUGAAGUCGGUGUGUACCUGACUGUCUUACGAGGCUGGCAUGCCUGAACACAGUUAAACUGAGGAGGAAACUGUAGAUUAUCAAAUUCCUCAUGUGUAGACCAGCUGUGCCUGCGUGUUGUGAGUGUUCACGGUUGGACAGAAGCUGUGGUUUGGCCCUCGGUGAGGCCUGAGAAGUGCUUAUGUGGCACCUCCACUCCCCUUCAUUACUUCCUUCUGUUUUCUUUCCUCCGUCUCCUGUGUAGUUGUUUUCAGGAGUUGGUGUUUGCAACCCGAAAACAAAUCCAGUCUGAACAUUUAUAGAGAUAAUUAGCAAUCAUUAGGGGUCUUCGAUUUUUAAAAAAAACAAAAAAACACUUGAGGCGACUGUUUUCAUCCCCCUCCACGUCUCCAUCGCUAAUCCGAGGCCUCCCACCUUCUCUCUCUUCCUGUCUUUAAUUACGGUGCCUCCAAUUGGUUGAAACUUUCAGCCAAUCAGGCGUCUCGUAGAGGUGGCCCUUGACCCCCCCUCAGGUGGUCCAUCUGAGCCUUUUUGUGUGCCACAGAUGACGGCUUGGUUUAAAACCUUGCAGGAUCCUUCAGUCAGGGCAGUCUGUAGGAAGGGCUGCAGGUAACCGGGUGCACGAGGACUCGCUAUCAUCAUACAUUUACACACAAACACACACACACACCUGCUGGACCGAGUCGUCGUGGUCACUUCUUUUGAGUCCACCUCUGGAUCUGCAGAUUAAAAACCAACCACAGGUAAGAGACUAAAGCAGUGAGGGUGGAUUUUUGGUACAUUUUUAGGUGCUUUCCAUGGUUUCAAGUUGAGGUUGGAGUCAAGUUUGAGAGCCGAGAAACACCUGGUUCUGUUUUACGACGGCAAACCAGUAGCUUCAGGGGUCUGUGUGGCGGCAUGUUUGUCUAAAGACACCAAAGCAGGGGUCAUUAGCUCUCCAGGUAAACACCAGCACAGGUAGGGGUUGGAAAGGAAAUGUCUUAGUUUCAUUUUUGGAAGCGCAAAAACAAACCACUGUGAGAAAUUCGUGAAAAUAGCUUAAAUAGUGGAUAAAAAUGGUCAUUUACGACCCUGACUGGCUCAACCUGAGCUCUAUUUUUUCACAAUAAUGACAGAAUUUGUGCACAUGGAGUGAAAAAUGAACAUAGUAGUCGAAUUUAGUGAGUAGUGACUUGUUUGGAGAUGUAAAUCCUCAUUUAGACCAUCUCUAUCUUUGCUAUCGGCAGGAUUUGAGGAGGUCCAGUCAUGGCUGAAAGGAGGAGAAGCAGCUUCUCCGGUGUGUGGAUCACCGCUCUGCUGGCCGUGAUGCUGCUGCCUGCGUUCCUGUCUGCUGGACCAGUUGUGAAAAAGUCCAAAGGAGAUGCGGGGGAAAGUAUCCAGGAGAGGGCAGCUGAUGCAGCGUUACACAGGAGGCUGAUCCGCAACCGCAGGAACAUCAGCUGGUACAAGCAGCACUCCGACUUCUGGAACUGGUACAAGUUCUUCACCGACAACGGCAACCAGGAGGCGGUCCAGGAGAUGGAUCGCAUCUACCUGGCCUACCUCCAGAACAAGAACCGUGCAGAGGGGCGUCGCUCCUACAAGGCCUACCUGCGCCACCUCGGGGAGAUCUACAAGUCCUGCGCCGACUCCGACGACCCCAACUGUGUGGCUUCCCACACAACCAGGCCCAAACCAGAGCCCCCUAAACCUGCACCGGUGAAAACCUGCGACCCCACCAAAGACUCCUAUUGCCUCUACAUUGCUCUGGUCCAGGGCAAGAGCCCCUACCAGCCCCUGGUGCUCCCAGCUGCCACCCCCGCCCCGGCACCAGCCAAGGUUCCCGCCCCUCUGUACGUUCGCUCUGCAGCUCCAGCCAAAGAGCCCCAGUCAGGGUAUAUGUACUACGCUCCAUCUGCAGUGUCUUUCCUCUCCAAGGAGCAGAAGGCCGAGCUGCUGCGUAUCUGCUCUGCUGAUGAUGUGGAGUGUCUGCAGUACCAUCUGAGAGCUGCCCACGGCUACACUCCCUCCGCUGGCCCUCUCCCUUCAUACGCCCACCUUGGCUGUGACCCCAAGACAGAUCCCACCUGCAAACUUAAUCUGGUGCAGAAAGCCCCUUCUGGUCUCUAUGUGCAGUACCCCAACUGUGAUCCUCGGGAUCCCUUCUGUGCCUAUGGUGCCUCCCUUGUGGCUCCCCGUGCUCCUAACCCUGCUGGUCCUGGAUCCUGUAACCCUCUUUUUGAAGAAGGCUGCAACCCUCUUACCGCUACCAAGUUUGCUACUCCCCCAGAGGCGUACAAAGCUCAAGAAAAAGAGGCCGCUGCGCUUCGUGUUGAGCAGAACAGCGACCCCUAUGCCAUGUAUAGGGAUACUUAUGCUAAUGCUAACAGAGUCAAUGAUCAUUACGCUAUGUACCGGCAGGCUAGCGCCCCGGCUUCUCCUCCAGCUAGCGACCCAUAUGCCAUGCUGCGCAAAUACAUGGGCCAAGCUCAGGCUACUGACCCUUAUGCUCCACGCAUGGAGGCUGCUCCUGAGUCCAACCCCAACGAUCCCUUCUCUGCUAUCCGUGAGGCGGCGGCUGCCAUGCACCGCCGUGGCCCUCCCAUCCCCAGGCAGCAGUUCCCGUUCUCCAAUCCCAGUUAUGAGGAGCCUCCCCAGGAGGAGCGCCACCCUCUGGGACCCCCAGGUAAAACCAAGGAAGGCCACGACUGCUUCAUCGGCUACGACCGCGAAUGCUUCCCCGUGAAGCCUACCGAGCCUCGCUCUGGGGUCCACCGCCGCAUCCCCUACCCCGCCGAGGCGUACGAGCCCCACCUGAACGCCGACGGCACCCGCAACGGAGUCCUGGAGCCCUCCAACCCACACUGCGACCCCGAGUAUGACCGCGACUGCCGCCUGCGACGCUUCGAGCCCGAACAGACCCACGCCAACGCCCAGCCUGGGCAUCACGCCGAGGAGCACAGCCAGGGAGCUGCAGAUAGCGAGCAGCAGGAACAGGAGCAGUACGAGACGGAACCAUACCAGAGCGGCCAGGAGGAGCCUCACAUGCCCUACCAGCCACUCUCACAGGGGAUGACCAGCCUCCAGGACAUACUGAGGCACUAUGGAGACCAGUUCCCCGAUCAGGAUGUUCACAGAGCUUACGCAGAUGACUACCGCAAGAAAUAAACACGCUGAAACACACACAUGCAUGCAGAUGGACAUGAAUACACAGUCCCAUGCGUUCUUGUAGCUCAGCCCUUGAACGCCUCAUGCAGCGAGCAUCCAGUUCCAACUGGACCAGAUAUGGGACACUGGUGAAGUUUAUGGACCCAAUGAGCGAGUACAUGUACGUACAUCCAAACAUAGCCUCCUGCUGUAGGAGCAUACUCAGAAACGAUGCUGGAACACCCUCGGCUUUUAUUUGCUUUAGACCUGUUGCUUUGGCGUAUUGCUUCUCUACUUUCCAACUCCAACCUCCUCCAUCCACUCAAAUGUGUGUAAAUGACUUCUUCAACCUCAGCUUUGCUUCUGUAUCUAUGCAUCUCACUUUUCAAAGUUUGUUGCUUUUUUAUCCUUGGAUUUUAUGUAAAGAUUUUUUUUUCAUUUUGAAUGUUCCAAUAAAAAGCUCUAGAAAGCU